CCGACGACAACGUUCGCUCCGCAGGCCGUCCGCGACUCGUCGGUGGUGGCACUAUGGGAGUUCCUGGAGGGCUCUGGUUUGACGACGGCCGACACGUCUGGCCGAGCGCCUUCCCUUGAUCUGACUCUCGCUCCGUCGGUCACCUGGGAGCCGUCGACCCGCGGCCUCCGUAUCGACGCGUCGGCGGGUGGUGCUGACGGCCUCACAGGCGCGGCAGCGUCGCCCGGGGUGGAGAAGAUCAUGGCGUCAACCGAGAACGACUACGGCUGGAACUACACCACCGAGGUCUGGUCGUGGCCCACGGCGUUCCCGCCGAACAACGGCUGGCACACCCUGUUCCAGCUCUGUAACUCGGCCCACGACAACGACCGCCUCGACCUUCUCCCGCCGUGCAUGCGCCAGGCCCUGUACCACGGCGCAGGCGUCAACGUCUCGCAUGCUUUCUCUUGGCAGCUCAUGUUUGAGGAGGUGGUUGCCGGCUCGUUCAUCAACAAGCAGGCGCUCGGCUUUUCCAAGGCCGAGGCCCCCGUUCCGGGCCUCCGCCACUCGGUCGCCCGCUACUCCGUGACCACGCCGGCGCCGUUUGGCGAGCUCGGCCCGGGCUAUGCCCUCGGCCAAAUCUUCAUCAAUGGUGCAGAGGUUUCCGGCUCGGUUGCUGGCUCACGCGAGACCCAGGGCCUUCCCAUCAACGCGUGGGAGACCAUUGCGCCCAAGGCCCCGCACUCGUGGCGCGCCCAUUCGGCCGCCAACCGAACCUUUACCAUCGGCUACUCGCUGGACAACUCGGGCGCCAUCCACCCGAGCGCAGGCUACAAGGGCGCCAUCUACAUGAUUGCCCUCUACGACCGCGCCCUCACCGACGCCGAGAUCGCCGCAAACUACCUCGCCGGCCCGCCCACCGUCGCCCCGUCGACCCUCGCUCCGCCUCCCGGCCCGGCCCCGUCGACCGCUGAAAACGUCAACGCCUCGCUCACCUUUCCGGGCUCAGACGCCGACACCGUCUUUGGGUGGGACUCGGGCCUCUCGGCCCGCAUCGAUUCCAUCUCGGUCUCGUCGCCCAUCGCCUCGUUCUUCCCCAGCAAUGCUGUCGGCAAGUUCUACGACGGCAAUGACGUCGAGGUCAUCGCCGCCGCGCCGACCUCGUUUGCCACGGCCCUUGCUCCUGGCGGUCCGACCGUCACUUUUGUCCCGGCUACCGGCUUUACGGCUCGGUCACCGUCAACUACCGCAGCGUCGACUCGCGCCGCGCCGUAGCGCCCUCGGCCUCCUCUCUGGUGCUCACCGUCACCAAUGUCGAGCACGCUCCGGUCGCUGUUGCCUCGGGCGCCUCCACCUUUGCCGGAGCCCCGGUCGUUGUCGUCCUCUCUGGAACUGACCUUGAUCCCGAGUCGCUCCUCUCGCCCACCGUCACCCAGCUGCCCGACGCCAACCUCUAUGGCACCCUGGCCAAGCUCGAUGGCGAGCCGGUCAUUGCCAACCAGAUCAUUCCCACCGCCACCCGCCUGGGCUCGGUCCGCUUCACCCCGCGCGCCUCGAUGGCACUGCUCUCGCAGGUCCCCUCGGUUACCGCAACCUUCAAAUUUACCCUCACCGACUCGCUGACCGCGGUUGUCUCCAACGAGGCCACCGCCACUGUCACCAUCCUUAACAAUGCCCACGCCACCACGGCGUCGUACGCUAUUGUGGAGGACACUCGCACCCGUGUCGUCCUCGCCGGCACCGACGACGUCUCGGCAGCCGCCCUCUCAUUCCGCAUCGUCCAGCUGCCCGCCGCAGGCACCCUCUACUUUGCCGGCACCGACAUUCCCGUCAGUGCCGGCGACAUGGUGCCUGUCGCCGACGCCGGCGCGGUCGACUACCAGCCCGGCGCGGACUUUGUCGGCGUUGACAUCCUCAAGUUCACCGCGACCUCGGCGGUCUCGCUGGCCGAGUCGGUCCCGGCCGUUGCUUCGUUUAACGUCUCCAACGUCAACGACGCGCCACGCCCGCAGAACGCGCGUGUCGAGUUCUUCGCUCUCGACCUCAACUCCACCUUUGCGCUCCCGGUGGUCGAGGUCGACGGCGACGUCAUCACCGUCUCUGUCACCGCCAUCCCGCAGGCCUCGAUUGUCGCUCUCUCGCAGACAGCCUCUGCCGGCGGCGCCGACAUCACCGCCAUGCCCACCAUUGUGACCGACGCCCUGCGCCGUGUCGUUGCCCAUGCCGUCGCCCCGACCCAGAGCUCGACCCAGGGCUACGCCGCGGAAAUCACCUUUACCGCCGUCGAUCCCUACGGCCUGGUCGGCACGCCUGCCGUCGUCACCGUCUUUGUCAAGCACUCGUUCUUUGCUGCCAACGUGACGGCAACCACCGCCGAGGACACGCCGACGACAGUCUCCCUCGCCACCCAGGACUACUUUGGCCGCGCCUACGCCGUCUACCUCCGUUCGCUCCCGGACCCGGCCACGGUCGGUACGCUGCGCCUUGUCGGCUCGACAGAGGCUAUCACCCAGGCUCAGCUCCCGCUUGUCCUCACGCCCGCCACCGCUGGUACCGCCGUCACCCUCAUUGAGUUUGUGCCCGCCCGCGACGCUGUCGUCCCGCUCACGUCGUUCGAGUACGAGAUCCGCGACACCGAGGGCCGCGGCGAGGUUGUGGUCGGCACCGUCUUUGUGUCGACGACGGCUGUGCCCGACCCGCCGCGGGUCGAGCUGACCAACCCGAGCGAGACGCUCGAGAUCGCUGAUGGCGCCGUGCUUGAGAUCACCACCCUCGUGGUCGCCGAAGUCGACGACCCGAACGCCAUCGUGAGCGUCAACGUGACUGCUGUCGGGACCGGGCUCGUCGCUGGCUCGGGCCCGCUCGACUCGGUCACCUUUGCCAAGACGCUCACUCUCUCGGGCACGUCGGCCGAGAUCGCGGCGCAGCUCCUCGCGCCGCUGCGGUUCAAGUCGGGUCCGGAGCAACGGGUCCGGGAAGCGACAGCGUUUGAGGUCCAGGUCUCAGCGCAGGCGCAGGGCGAGGAGUCCAAGCUCUCGCUCUUUGUCAACGUUCUACCUGUGCCCGACCCAUCGGGUGUCUCGCUCGACGGCUCGCUCGUCGCCGCCGUCGCGGCAGCAGCCUGCACGGCGCUGCUCUUUGGCGCUGUCGGCGCCUUUAUCCUCUACCGGCGGCAAGAGUCGGAACCGAAGCUCCCGCCACCGCCUCAGUUUACGCCGUUCAUCUACGACGAGAACCGGCUAGUGUCGUCGGCCGAGGCCACGGGCGUCCGUGCGCCGGUCUCGAUGACCACUGAGUUUACCGAGCUCGUUGUGGCCCGCGGCCAGGGCCUGGUCUACGCACUGUUCGAGGUUUCGGCCGAGGCCGACAUUGACGACGUGUGCGAGCGGCUGGUGUUCGUGUAUGAGGGCCAUGGGCGGGCGUCAGCGCCCGACCUCGUCGCCUGCAUUGCCCAGCGUGAGAUCCAGAUGGCGGCAUCGUCGGUGACCCUCUUCCGGUCCAACUCGCGGGCGUGCAAGCUGUACUCAGUCUACGCCAAGGUCGUUGGCCUCCCGUACCUCUACGCCACGCUCGGCCCGCUGUUUGUGCAGCUUGUGGAGCAAGAUGGAUCGAUCGAGGUCGCCCCCGAAAAGGUGCGUAAGUCCAAGAGUGGCUCGGUCGACGUCACCGUCAACAAGUGGCGCCUUCUCGUGGUGGCCCAGAAGUUCUUCAAGGCCAUUACCGAGUCGGUCGACGCCGUGCCGUACGAGCUCCGCCAGCUGGCCCAGACUCUUUGGCACGAGAUGGGCAAGCCGUCGGCGUUCCCGGAGCGCCGGUCGAUUGCCCUUGGCACCUUCUUUUUCAUCCGCUUCAUUUGCCCGGCUAUCGCCCAGCCCGAGGCCUACGGUCUCGUCCGCGAAGUCCCCUCGUCGGACCUCCGCCGCCUCCUCGUCCUCGUCGCCAAGACGCUGCAGAACCUGGCCAACGGCACUAUGUUCGUCGAGAAAGAGCUUGACGCCAUGAACGUCUUCAUCGACUCGAACCAGGAGAAAAUGGGCAACUUUCUGGCCGCCGUCGCCGGCACCGGCGGCGGUGCCGUCGGCACUGGCGUCCCAGUCCCGGCCCCGGUCUACGACGCCUCGGUCGCCUGGCUCUACGCCCACACCCAGGCUCUCCACGCCGACCUCCAUCUGCUCCUCUCCGGUGUUCAGGUCGAGGGCGCACGCGAACUUGAUCAGGCCCUCAUCCGCGUCCUGCCGCGAGCACCAACCAUGUCUGUCUAAACGCCAUUGUCGGUG